AUGGCUCCAAGCACUUCAGAAGGCGAUCAUGGAGACGAGCUGCUGAAUGAACACCAGUCCAUCCUCUUCACAGAGGUUCUUUCCAGCUUCCUCGAUGUGGCCGAAGCAUCGGAGAUUCAGGAGGCAACUGCAACUAAGGAAUCUCAACCUUCGAAGGACUCCAAAGAUCCAGGCACCCGCGACAAAAAUGACAAAGAAGCAGUGAAGGUUUGCGAAUGGUUCCCGGUGAUGAAUGUGCAGAAGAAGUUCUGCCGCCAUAAGGAGCGACAGUACUCUGUCCAGGUUGCAACGGAUCUUCUGAAAGGAGAACCCUUCGGCAGACUUCGGAGGAAGGGGUACGGUGCAAUGAUGAGGGCUCCUCCGCUGUCGCUGCCAUCUGCCGUGUCCUCACAGUUCGGAUUUCCUGCCGCCUGGUUGACUUCAAGAUCCUCUUGUAACGACGUUGCCCGGAGAAGGAAUUUGGCGCCAACUCUCGAACGCUUCCCGGCACUCAAAACCACGGGCGUACGGCCGCCGCUGGGCGAUUUGGAUGAAAUAGAUGAAGCAGACGAAGCAGCUGCCUGGGCAGCAUCCACUCCCAAGGUAAUGGAUCGCCGUGAAGUCCGAGAGCCCUCUUUCAAGCUCGAUCGACCGUGGCUUUCAGGAGCUCGACGGCCGCGACUCCUCGAGCGGUCGGUUGGAGGCUUGUGCGAGGCAGCUGACGACGCAUACCUCUACGCACCAAAGAACCGGGGGUUGACCAUGAGCACCAUGUCUGUCUCCAUUAAGGGCCCGUCGGAGGCACCCAGUCGUGCGGCCACUGCCAGUCUGCGCUCUGACGAAAAAGAGCCAAAGAAGUCGCUGAAAUCUAAGAUCAAGGAGGCCGUGAUGAACAGAAUGAACGAGCAGAAAGACGUGCUUCAGGAUGCGACAAGCCAAGCCAAAGACGCUCGACGUCAGAGGACUGAUGAUGAGCGCGAAACAGGCUUCAGGCUUCACUCCGAAGCUCGGCAAUUCCAGGAUUUGGGCGACGAGGCAGCGUCGAAAAGCACUGGCUUGUGGAGACUUCACCACAAGGAGUCGAAGCGCUCCCGGCUCUCACGUAUCACCACCUGCCGGAGGUUGAAGGACCAGUCUGACGGCACUAUCGUGGCUGGCUACCGUGACAGGGUGAAUCGAUACGAGGUUGAUGUGGCGCAGGAGUGCUUCGUGCGCUAUUUCCACUCCAAAUCCAGCAACCUGUGGAAUGCAGACGACAUCAUUGAAGCCUUGGCAGAUUUCGGGAUCAAGGCCUCAAGCCGCACAGAGAAGCUGGCGUUGAAAUCCGUGCUGUGUGAGUACGAGGGAGAUCAGAUCGGCUUCAACAACUUCUGCUCCAUCAUAGAGGAGGCCCGCAGCAAAAUGAGAUCAACGAGAUCGCUUGCUGUAUUUCAGGCCUGGAAGUACGCCGACAAGGAGGAUGCUGGGGGCUUGAAGCCAGAUGCAGUCAUGCAGCUUUUGGAGGAUCUCCAACUUGCGUUCGGCAAGGAUAGCUUGGAGCGGCAAAAUGUUGAGGCUAUGGUGUCUGACUGUCGCACAGAUCCGGCCACUGGCCUUAUUGGGCUGACGGAGGUGGAAUUCUUGGUAUCAGCAGUCCGGGAGUACAUGAUGCAGACUCAACGAAGUCAAGAACGAAAGCUCCAGGUGGAGUACCAGCUGUCGGACAGCAUGUUUCAAGAGUUUCGCAGCCAGCUAAUAAGAUUUCAUGAGUCUUUCGUAGAGCUCGAUGAUGAUGACAGUGGAGAAUUGGAUGAGAACGAGGCCAUGAAUCUACUGACACAUUUUGGGUGCUUGAGCAACGUAUCAAGCAUGUCGAUCGAGAAGAAGCUUCACGCUGAGGAGAUCAUUGAGUGGUACUUGAACGCGUCUGAGGAUCACACACUUUCCUUCUCCAGGUUUCUCUCUGUCGUGAAGCGUUUGCGCACGCUGGGUAUGGAUGAGAAAAUGGACGCUGUCGAGUCUCUGUUCAACCACUACGACCGUGACCGGUCAGGCAAGUUGACCAUAAAGGAUGUCUGUCAAAUCCUCAUGCACCUCGACAUCAAGCCCAGAUCGGUGCUCGAGCAGGAGAACAUGGCUCAGCUAAUUGAGGAAGCGGACUCUGAGGGAAGCGGGCACCUGAACGUGAACGAGCUUCUGUUGCUGGUGCAGAGAAUCAACGAGCGCAUUGCCGAGCUGGAUCGCAUGGAAAUCUUGAAAAAAGCCCAGGCGUUGAAUUUUACGAGGAAGCAAGCAAGCACCCUCCGGGAGACGUUCGAGGAGCUCGACGAAGACAGAGAGGGCUUGGUACCCAUCAAUCAGGUUGAGCAGGCUUUGGCGAAGAUGCGAUGGCAGAUCCCAGCAGCACGGCUGCAGCGAUAUGUGAAUGAAAUUGAUGCGGACGGAAACGGGCAUUUGGAUUUUCUCGAGUUUCUCCAUUUGAUGCGCCGUGUUCUGGACGAUGUCCAGAAUUCAGGCAUGAAGCUUCAGCCUGACGGCACCCUGGUCACAGAUGCCGCCAGGGAAGACGACGAACAUGAGACUGGUGGUGACAGGAAGGACGGGAAGCGGCUGUCAGAAGAAAGGAAAAGGCAGGCAAGGAGGAGUGCUAGAAAGGCAUGA